GACACGUACCACGCGGGCGAGAGCCGGAGCUACCGGCAGGGCGCCGAGGAGCAGACGCUCAGGUACAGCGGCGGCGGCUUCCGCGCCGUGGAGGCCUACGACGACCUGGAGCUCGGUCCCUUCCAGGCCCCCAGCGCCCGCUUCUGGGAGGUGACGAGCAGCAGCAUGAACCUGAUGAUGUACGGGGAGUUCAGCUUCAUCGCUGGUCUGGGCCCCUACUCGCGGGUUGCUGGCACGCGGCAGGCCCCGGACCACAAGGCCGUUCUGUCCAAGCUGCUUCCGAUCAUGACGUUCUCCAUC